AUGAGUCACCUUUUCCCCAAUGAAGAUGUACCUAUGCAAGCCAAUGGUUCAGUAAAUAUUCUUGAGGUGGUGAAGUCCGUUGUACGAACUUUUGACAAGAAUACUAUUGCACAGGGAUCUUUCCGCUCUUACAAAAGUUCGAAUCAUUUAUGCAUAGAUUCUAAGAAACGUGCAAAAGUUCCUAGGGAGAGCGUCUAUGACGCAGAGAUGUACCGAAUCUUGCAUAAUUGGCUUGUAAAGGUACAUGGUUUUGAAAUAACUGGACAAUGGCAUCUAGAGAGUAUAUGUGCGGAUGGUGAUUUCCAUCAUUUUUAUUGCGACCUCACUAUAAAGAAACAUGAUGCCACUAAUCCUGUGGCUAUAUUAGAGUUAUUGGCAACAGUAUCCCAACCAAAAUUAGAUAAUCAUUUUGAACAGGUAUUUAAGUAUGCCGAGCAACUUUGCCCUCUGGAAGUUUGGAUCGUGCAUUUUUCUCGCGAGGAUGCUGUUGUAACGGAUCCAUAUUGGCCUUGCAAUGAACUUCAGGAUAAGGGGCUUAAUGUUAUCCAUUUAUGGCACAACAAAGAAUUUACAAAUGUCCGAAUGAGUUCCAGAUCACUAGAUGCAAUUGGAUUAUGUCCAUGCAUUCCAUACAUUAUUAAAGUCAAUAGAAGAAUUUAUUUACCGAAUUUAACUGAAAGUGUUCCUUCCAUUAAGAGACCUGAAUCAUUGACAUCCAAAGUUUGGAAUGCUGUAAAAGCGGAUAUUAUUCCCGAUGAAAAGAAAUUCUUAGGUGUAACUCCUUGUAAAUUGAAAAAUCCUGUAUCUCUGGAUCAAUUUAAAUUACGUUACUCUAAGGAAUUUUCUGAGUUUAUAAAAGAAUAUAACAGAUAUCCACCUGAUAUUGAAUUUAGAAUUAGAACAUACGAGGAAUAUUAUAUUCCAUAUGAUUGGAUAGGUUCCAAGAAAAACCAAUUACACGAUAGAUUGCAAAACUAUGUUAUAGAAUUAUUACGUCAACGAGGCUAUAGAGUAGUUCAUGGAAAUUCUUGGUAUGUUAUGGUAAAAUGGAUCGAGAAUCCAGAUUGUUAUGCUAACAAGACAUAUCCGAAUAUUGUUAGAAUAUAA